CACCUCCACUGGCUUCUCUUCUCCUCCACCACCUUUCACUCCAAUUUUAAUCUUAAUUUUUUUUCAUUUUUCCGUGGAUUUUCCCUAACUUUCUCGCUGAAUUUUCCGCCCUGCCAAACAGGCCAAAACGAGAGGAAAAAUGGUCAGGGAUGAUUUGUACAUUACGGUUCCGAGUUUCUUCAGGUGUCCGAUUUCACUUGACGUGAUGAAAUCACCUGUCAGUCUCUGUACGGGCGUAACCUACGACCGAGCCAGCAUCCAACGUUGGUUGGACAGCGGCAACAACACGUGUCCGGCGACGAUGCAGGUCCUUCACAGCAAGGAGAUUGUUCCUAACCGUACGUUACAACGUCUCAUCCAGAUCUGGUCAGACUCCGUGCAGCAGCACCGAGUCGACUCAACCGAGUUGGCGAACGUAGUCAUCUCUCAAGAUCAAGUGAAGGACAUCAUCAAAGAGACGGAUAUUAAAAAUGAAGAUUUCCUGGAGAAUUUCUCCAAGAUAAUCUCCUUCGCGCGAGAAUCUGACGAGAACAAGAAAUUCCUCGCGAAAUUGGACGGCUUCGUCAUCAUGCUGGUUGAGAUUUUGAGUAAGGUUAAAGAUAAGGAUAUUUUGGAGCAAGUAGUUAGGGUUUUGGCGUUGAUUUUGAACAAAAUUGAAGAUCAAGAACAUUUGAUGAACUUAAUGUUGAAGAAACAUCAAGAUAGCUUGACUUCGCUCCUUCUCGUUUUGAAACAAGAACAAAACGUAGAUUCAAAAAUCGAAUCGCUCAAAAUCCUUGAAUUCAUCGCCGUUGACGCCGAGUCGAAGCUUUUAAUCGCCGAAAGUGAAGGAUUAUUAUCGGAGCUCAAACACAUAUUAAGUUCGAACAACGCCGAUCAACCUCUAAUCGGCUCGUGUUUAUCUUGUUUAGUUUCAAUUUCAGUAUCCAAACGGCUGAAGUCAAAGUUAAUAACAAACUACAAACUCAUCCCGGAGCUGAAGAAACUCAUAACAGACAAAAACGUCUCCGUUUCGACGACGGAGAAGGUGUUGAAAUUGUUAGAAACUUUGUGUUAUAGCAAGCAAGGGAGGGCAGAAAUUUGUAACGAUUCAAAUCUGGUGCAAGCGAUCGUACAGAAAAUGUUGAAAGUAUCGGGUGUAGCGACAGAGCACGCGGUGACGAUAGUGUGGAGCGUGUGCUAUUUGUUUAGAGAUCAAAGGGCGCAGGAAGCGGUGACGAUGGGGAACGGAUUGACGAAGAUUUUGAUGGUGAUGCAGAGCAAUUGCUCACCGGGAGUGAGGCAAAUGAGCUCCGAUUUGUUGAAGAUAUUUCGGGUGAAUUAUAAGGCGAGUUGUUUGUCUAGUUAUGAUACGAAAACUACUCAUAUUAUGCCGUUCUGACUUCUGAGUACAUGAAUGAAUGAAUGAAUGUGUUUGGACAGUGGGAAAAUUGGGUGCUUAGAUGGUAGUUUAAAGGGGAAGAAAAAUUAUAAAUGUUUGUAAAUCAAAGGAAAAUUUUGUUAGUGAAUACAAGCACAGAAUUCAGAAUUAAUUCAAUUUCUUUUUUAAAUCCCUCUGUUUUUGUUGUUCAUUUCUUUCAUUUUGUGUGUAGUUUCAGAACCCAGAAUUC